CUCAAAACCUCUCUCUCCGAGCUCGGCGAGUUUAGAGAUGGCGAACAAUACGGUGGCUACGGCGGAGAAAUCACCGGUUGAGUUACUUCAAGAGACCAAAGCCUCCGUCAAAGCCAUCGUCGCGAGGAUGCUCUCAAUCAAGCAACAAGGAAACCCCAAAUCCGAGAAUCGAGAACUCCUCACUCAGAUGUUUCUCAAUUUCAUAAAUCUCCGUCAAGCGAAUCGUGCGAUUCUUAUAGAAGAAGAGAAAUUGAAAACUGAGACGGAGUUAGCAAAGUCUCCGGUGGAUUUCACGACGUUGGAGCUUCACAAUCUCAUGUAUGAGAAGAGCCAUUACCUCAAAGCUAAUAAAGCUAGUAGAGAUUUCAAAUCUAGGUAUCCCAAUAUCGAUCUCAUAUCUGAACAAGACUUCUUCAAUGAAGCUCCUGAAGCAAUCAAGUCUCAAACUUUAUCAAAUGAUACUUCUCAUGAUUUGAUGCUUAAAAGACUCAAUUUUGAGCUCCAUCAGAGGAAAGAACUGUGCAAGCUUAGAGAAAGGUUGGAACAACAUAAGAAGAGUUUGCUGGAAAGUAAUGCAGAGCGUAACAAGUUUCUGUCGAGUCUUCCUGUGCAUCUCAAAACUUUAAAGAAAGCAUCUUUGCCAGUACAGAGUCAGUUGAGUUUGCCGAAUCCGAAGAAGCUGAAGUAUCAUAAUUUAGCUGAGCUUCUUCCUCCGCCGCUUUAUGUUAUAUAUUCGCAGUUCAUGGCACGAAAGGAAGCUUUUGAAGAGAAUAUCGAACUCGAGGUAUCUGGGAGCCUUAAGGAUGCUCAAACUUAUGCCCGGGAGCAGGCAGAACAGAACUCAGAGAGUCUAAGAUUGGAGGAUAAUGGUGAAGAUGGUGAUGGAACAAGGCAAAGGAAACGAUUCAAGAAAGAGGGUUCUGAUGAGGGAGGACUAUAUCAAAUUCAUCCUCUUAGAGUUGUCCUUCACGUAAACGAUAUUGAGAUUCCAGAUCCAAAAUCCCAUAGACCUGUCGUUCUCAAGUUUGAGUACUUGUUGAAGUUGAACGUUGUAUGUGUUGGCAUUGAAGAGUCUCAGGAUGAACUUGAGAAAAAUAUACUGUGUAACUUAUUUCCAGAAGAUACUGGUCUUGAGCCUCCUCAUCAGUCAGCCAAGCUCAUUCUUGGCGAUGAUCAUUUAUUUGAUGAGAGCAGAACUUCGAGGCCAUAUAAGUGGGCACAACAUUUGGCGGGGAUUGAGAUUUUACCUGAGAUGUCACCUUUUUUUACUGAAAAGGAUACUCAAGAUAGUGAUACAGCGAAAGACUAUGCUUCUGCGUCUGAUCACCGCAAUGUGCAAACCGUUCUGCAAAGAAUACGGUCCCAGAAAAAGGCUAAGCUAACUCUUGUCUGAGUCACCCCACUCAGUAUGUUUUUCCACAGUAGUCGAACUUCUUCAUAUUUGUAAGUCAGUUACUUCUUAUAUCAUCAAAACUUUCUUGGUAUUUGUAAACUCUUCACACAUGUUAUGUUGUAAUGAGGCAACGAGAAGAAAUAAACAGAAUGAUAUAUGCGGCGUUA